UAAAAAUGAAUAAAUAUAAUCAAUUUUCUUUUCUCCUCAAGCAAAAAAAAAAAAAAAGAAGAAAAAUUACUUAAAAUAUUUAAAAAUUUCCUGGCUCUGUCUCCUCAACUAUAUAAAUCCAAACUCCCCCCUUGAACAAUAUUACUUCAGUAUCCACAGACACAAACAAAUCAAUCAACCUUCCAAAACAAGGAAAAAAAAAAAGGAAAGAAAUGAGUGCUGUGAGCUGCUCAGCCUCCCUCCUCCCACUCCUAGGCGGAAGCGCCACCAAUGCCUCCGCCGCGGCCAGCUACAUCUGCCAGCAGUUCGACACCGUGUCGGCGCAGCUGUCGGACACCACGUUCGCCGUGGACAACACGUACUUGCUUUUCUCGGCGUACCUAGUGUUUGCCAUGCAGUUGGGUUUCGCCAUGCUUUGCGCCGGUUCCGUUCGCGCCAAAAACACCAUGAACAUUAUGCUCACUAAUGUCCUCGACGCCGCCGCCGGCGGCCUGUCGUAUUACCUCUUCGGCUACGCUUUCGCCUUCGGCGCUCCUUCCAAUGGAUUCAUCGGCCGCCAUGCCUUUGGCCUCAAAGACUUCCCGUACCAGACGGCUGCCGGGACCACCUUUGAUUACAGUUUCUUCCUUUAUCAAUGGGCUUUUGCAAUUGCUGCUGCAGGUAUUACUAGUGGUUCUAUAGCAGAAAGGACGCAAUUUGUGGCGUACUUGAUAUAUUCCUCAUUCUUGACCGGGUUUGUGUACCCAAUAGUGUCCCACUGGUUCUGGUCGGGUGAUGGUUGGGCCGGUGCGGCCCGGUCUGAUGGAAACCUUCUAUUUGGAUCGGGAGUUAUUGACUUUGCGGGUUCAGGUGUGGUGCACAUGGUCGGAGGAAUCGCUGGCCUAUGGGGAGCUUUGAUUGAGGGCCCGCGUAUUGGCCGGUUCGACCGGUCUGGUCGGUCCGUUGCCUUGCGUGGCCACAGUGCCUCGCUCGUGGUGUUGGGCACUUUCUUGCUUUGGUUCGGGUGGUACGGAUUUAACCCGGGUUCUUUCUUGACCAUCUUGAAAUCUUAUGGGUCCCGGGGAGCAUUCUACGGCCAAUGGAGCGCCGUGGGAAGGACAGCUGUAACCACGACACUGGCCGGGUGCACAGCGGCUCUCACUACUCUAUUUGGCAAAAGGUUGCUCGUUGGGCAUUGGAAUGUGAUGGAUGUUUGUAAUGGGCUUUUGGGUGGUUUUGCGGCGAUCACCUCGGGUUGUGCGGUGGUUGAACCGUGGGCAGCGAUCAUAUGCGGUUUUGUAGCGUCUUGGGUUUUGAUCGGCGCCAACAAACUCGCGGCUAUAUUCAAGUACGACGAUCCACUCGAGGCGGCCCAACUCCACGGGGGCUGUGGCGCCUGGGGUCUAAUCUUUACCGGUUUAUUCGCGGCCAAAAAUCUUGUACGAGAGGUAUACGGGCCCAUACCCGGGAGCGAUGCGGGCAGACAUUACGGGUUGUUCAUGGGUGGGGGUGGGAAGCUAUUAGCAGCCCAGCUGAUACAAAUCCUAGUGAUCAUUGGUUGGGUCACAGCCACAAUGGCACCACUGUUUUAUGGACUCAACAAAAUAAAUUUGUUGAGAAUCUCAAGUGAGGAUGAAAUGCAAGGGAUGGAUCUCACAAGACAUGGUGGAUUUGCUUAUGUGUAUCAUGAUGAUGAAGAAGGCUCUAACUUGCCUACUACCUUCAAAUUGAGGAAAAUUGAACCAACAAACACCAAUACUCCUACCCCUUGAUCAUCCAAAUUCAGCUCCUAAAAGUGUGAAAUCAAAGAUAAUUUCCUCUUAAGUGAAUUUUCAAACAUGCAUUGAUGCUUAGGUUCUUUGUGGUCCUAUCCUAUCCUAUUUAAAUAUAUAUAUACGCGUGUGUAGUUUUACAAAAGUCAGAUGUAAUUUUAGUUGACUUAAUACUCUUUCUUAAGAACUAGUGUUUGCAUAUGGUCAUCCCAUGCAACUUAUUUUUGUUUGCUUGAGACUUGUGUUGUGAAUAGCAGCGUUGUAAUGCACUUUUAUGUACUUUGUUGCUAAUGAUCUUGCCAAAGUUUUGCCUGUCAUUCUUUAUUAUUGCUUUCAGUCAUGUCAAAAAUCACUUCUAAUGAUUGUAUUGUUUUAGUUCUAAUGACUUUGUCUUGGGAACAAUAUAACCAAGUGAACUUUAUUCCUUGUUACAACAAAUAAAUCUACCAGAUAGAAGCACUUCUGACCACUGUUGAGGUACAGUACUAGAAAUAUCGAUGCCAAACUGCUCUAAGGCUCUUAUUCACUUCCGUAUAAUCAUAUCAUAUUAUCCCCACAAAGUUCAAUCAUUCAGAUACAAAUUUACAAAGGCAAAAGCUUAUCUAUAUACUGUGGGAGAAGAAAGCGACCACAGAAAGUUACAAAAUGGCAUACAUCAUAGGCUCUAAGAUACCAAUCAAUGCCUAUGCAGUUCAGUCUUUUCAAGUAGGAGACACUUGCACAAAGUCCAAAACAAAGAACUGAACCAAGCAAUACUUACCGCUCACUAGUGAAUGGUUCUCCGGCUGCCUGAAGUUUCACAACAAUGCAACACCACAAAUUCACCACAACUUGGUCCAAAAUCCCAAGAAGGGAAAAAAUGCAAUCAGUAAUCUCACUAGCAAGGGUGUUUGUCUUCUUUUUGAUCUUUUGCUGAGUUUGCCUUGACUAGUUUCCCAUCUUUUCUUGUUUGAGGUUGCUGUUCUUCUCUCUUUCUCCUUUCUCCUUUGUUCAUCUAGCUCGUCCCAUCCACCAAAACUCCGUGCCCUUCCCCCAUCCUUUCGUUCUGAAACAUUAUCCGCGGCUACCCAAGACUUGUAAUCACCAGAAUUGUUGUCAUUUUCAGUAUUCUGUUCCCUUUUCUGUCUCAUUUUACUCCCACUUGAAGCCCCAGAAAAGGGCCGCUUCCUAUUCCGAGACCUGGAUUUUGGUCUGCGGUUUUCAGGAGCCCUUUCCCAUAUCAGAUCGAGCACUGAGGAAAGAGCAGACUGAGCUAGCGGAAGCGCUACUGCCAUGAGUAAGGCGUUGUUAGCUCCAGUCCCUAACAGCAAUGAUAUGAUUAUGGCAGGAACCAUCCACCCAAAUGUUCUAAGGACCUGCAAAAAAUGGGAUAAUCGAACAUAUUUAAGGAGAAUGGUAUAAAUAUAUUCAGAUUCAGCUAAUUAUCAACCUUUCUAGAUUGCAAGAAAUUAUAAAUCAAAAUUGAGAAUGGCUCAUGCUGAAUAUCAAGGAUUUAUCUUAUAAGCCGUUUCCUAGGCAAAUGAACUUUUAAACCACCCCAUUUGUAACUAGUUUCUGUGAGAACUGCUUGCACAACCAUAAGCACAGCACAGGCAGAUGCAUAUCAAGCAAUUAUUAGAUACUGAUUCGUCAUCUAACCAUCCAACUUCGCUCUGAUACAUCUACAAAUUUAGAAAGCCUACAUUUCCAUCCUAGAUUUCCCUCUUGAAUUUUCUGCAUGUAGUUCUGAUGACUAUACCAUAUGCCAAGUCCCCUGGGCUAGAAAGAUGCUUUCUUUAUAUACUCUUAUUUAAGUAGGUGAACACAGAGUUCAAAUGUCCAAGCCCUAUUCAAGCCUCGCUGACUUCCACCAAUCUAAGGGCAUGUUUGAUAAAAAUUAAUGCUUAAUUCUAAAUACUUAAUA